AUGGAGCAACAAGACGCUGGACAACCAAUCUGUUCGGAAGAUGCCCGGAGGGUCGCCCGUUACGUCAUGGUAGGAGAUGAUCUCUACAGAAGGGGAUUUUCCACGCCCCUCCUCAAAUAUUUGUUUGGACCCGAAUCCCACUACGUGUUGAACGAGCUCCAUAAUGGGAUUUGCGGCCUUUCCACCGGACAACGGACUCUGAAAGCCGGAGUCGUCAGGGUAGGCCAUUACUGGCCCACUAUGGAACAAGACGCCAAACAAUUUGUACAGAAAAUGCAAGGCGUGCCAAGCGACGCCAACGACGUUCACGCCUCGCCGUCCGUUCUGCACAACAUGGUCUCCCCAUGGCCAUUCGCCUAUUGGAGAAUGGACAUUAUCGGGACCUUGUGUUAA